AUGAAACCUUCUACGGAUCCCUUCAUGCGCCUGCCCUUCGACUGCGCAGCCCUGAUCCUCGCGCACGUCGACGUCCACGACCUAGCCGGCUACCAGCUGGUGAACACGACCUGGAAAGACACUGUGCGGGAAUGGAUCGAAGUCGGCGCCUUCCAUCAACACUUUCCUGCGGAGUGGGAUCGGCUUGUUGAUGCGAACCCUGAUGCCACGCGAGACGAGAAAUGGCAGGAAUUCCAGGUGUGCGCAUACGAACUAGGGCGCGACAAUAGAUGGAAGCGAGGACACGCUUACAAGACGAUCGAAACUACUGCCUCUCUGUACUCCUACAGCGACAAGUUCAUUGCCUGGCUUGAUAGCAGCAGUGACAACGGAUGCCGCAGAGUCUCCUGGCGCCGGGCUGGAUACCAGACUCUGGAUGGAGACUUGGUGCCCUACCUUACGCAUACCCUGAACUUCCGCGUCCCUGAGGGCAACAUCCGGGUUCUGCAGAUGUGCGAGGAAGAGGAGACGGUGUUCCUUAUGGUACGAUGCCCGGAAGUCGUCGCGGGCAUGAAGAUCGAGGGCUCCGAUGAGAAGCCUGACCACAUGAUGUACAUGCUGGACCUGCACACAGGGACCCCCCUCUGGUCCAACCCCGUCAGCCUGGCAAACUACCCCUGGAACCGCAUCUGGCUCUUCGGCCGCAAGAAGAUGUACCGUCCAGCCGGCCGAGACUGGCGAGACCUGAUCGCCCACGACAUCCGCACCGGCCGCCAGCUCAACACGAUCCCCAACGUCACCGGCACCGGCAACACCCCCGUCUCCGUCGUCACAGCCGUGCACAUCAGCCAGCUCCGCAACCGCGAAGUCAUCCUAACCCUCAACAACAAGAUCCUGGAGUCCGAAAUCCGCCUCAUCGACUCCGCCUCCGGCUCCCUCCUCCAAUCCAUCACGAACCGCCUCCCCAUGCCAACAUCCGCCCGCUCCCAACAGAUCAUCAUCUCCACCCGCCGCGCAGACAAGGACCGCCUCACCUUCGCCCUCCUCUCCUACGGCAUCCGCAACCUGCAGUACUGGCUCGUCGAGAUCCGCAAGUACACCUUCGACAAUGACACUAGCAAAUGGACCCAAAAGAGCCUCGACUUCUGGGACUCCGCCCAGAACCACGUCGGUCUGCGCGGCCGCCCGGAGAUCGACCCCUUCCGCAACUUCGCCGUUGAUCUGCGCGGCGCCACGCGCUCGCUUGCGAUCAUGCCCAUCCAGCGCCUGAGGGCUCCGUGGCCGCAUUUCGACGCGGGCACCGGCCGGCGCCUUAAUGUUACGCUGGAAUGCACGGCGCCCGUGCCGAUUACGUUGCCGCGUGAGGGCGGCGGGAGGGCGCAGUUUAUUACGCCGACGGGGAAUCAGUUGGCGAGGCCGGGGAGGAUGGAGAUUCAUGGGGGCACGCUGUUGGCGGAUUUGACUGUUGAUGAUGACUUCCGCGUGUUUGAGUUUGCGUUUCCGAGGCAGUAUGCUGCGUAG